AAACAUUUAAAGAAAAAAAAUUUGGACAGCAUACCCUCUCAAAGAUUGAAAAACACACAAAACCCACAAAAAAAUCUUACAUAAAACAACAAAGAAAUGUAUCAAUCAAACACAAAAGAGAAAGCGUGAAUAAGUAAAUGGUCAACGUUGGCGUCUUCAAUUUCCGAUGUUCCGUGAAACCAUCCUUCUUUCUUUUCUCUAACACUCGCCAUUACGAAUAAAACCACAAAAGCUUCUUUCCUUUCACCCAACUCUCUCCUCUCAAUUCGAAGUCAUGAGUUUUAGAGACCCGAAUCCAGUGACUAACACUCCCGGAUCCUUUUCGGAUCCUGCUGGCUUCGCUAUUAACACCAGAAUCAUGCUCACCGCCGUACUCAUGAUCUUAUUCUUCGUCAUUCUCAUGGUCUCUCUCCACCUCUACUCUCGUUGCUAUCUCCACCGCUCUCGCCGCUUCCAUCUCCGCCGCUUAAACCGCAGUAGACGCGCCGCCGCCGCUAUGACCUUCUUCGCCGAUCCUUCCUCCACCUCCGUGGUCACCGCUCGCGGUCUCGACCCCUCUGUCUUCAAAUCUCUUCCUAUUUUCACGUUCUCCGCCGCAACCGCCUUGGCCGCGACAGAGUGUUCUGUUUGCUUGUCGGAGUUUGAGGAGAGCGAACUGGGUCGGGUUUUGCCCAAUUGCAAGCACGCGUUUCAUGUUGAAUGCAUUGAUAUGUGGUUUCGUUCUCACUCCUCUUGUCCUCUCUGUCGAUCUCUCGUCGAACCUAUCCCCGGAGGAGACAAAUUGGCGGCGGAGGAAGUCGCGGUUUCGAUUUCUGACACCGUUACAGGAGCUGAGACUUCCGAUCAUCAUGAUUCCAGGGGGAAACCGGCGGCGAGUGAAUCGGAGAACGAGUUGACUCAGAGUCACUCGUUUAGGUCAAGGGUGAUAUCUUCCACACGGAUAUUCAGCAAAGAACGGAGAAGCGCUUCUUCAUCGUCCAACGAUUUUCCGCCGGUGAGUAGCAUGCCGGUGACGGAGUUAGAUAUUGAGUCUGGAGGGGAAGGGACUCGUUGACAUUAACACUCUCAAUGUUUGAGACACGUGGACGUUUAUGAUUUGUGCUAAGUGUUUCCUUGCUUUUAGAGUUAA